AGGGACAUUAGCACUCGCAGGAAUGCUACCAAAGUCUUGCUUGUCUCAAAACUUUUCAAAUUUUGUUUCAAGAAGCAUGUUGUAUAUUAUUAAGGAGACCUCGAGUUUGUCAAACAAGCGACUCUCGCAUGCCCUCUAUUUAUUUCCAUUACACAUAAAAUACUUAAUAGUUUACGUGUAUCAAAUUUAAACAUAGUAUCGAUGUAUAUAGCUUUGCUUUUUUCACACGGAUAUGAACUAUGCAUUUUCAGGAAACAUUAUUAUUGAUCUACGAUCAAAGUGAGUAAAAUGACUAUUAAACUUAUUUAUCUGAACGCAAUAACGUAUGGAAGCUGUUCAUUUGCUAUAUGUUUGAUCGUAAGAUUCCCUUUUCAUUCAAUAGGCUACAAUGAAAUCGGAUUUAAAAAAAAGUAUGUUUAUUAAUAAAAUAAAGGUUGUUGAAAUAUACUUGUGAGCUCUAGCAACGUAUGUUACCACUCGUGGUAAAGCAGAUUGUAAAGACAAGAUUAUUGUAACUAAUAUAAAUUGAACAAAAUUGUACUGGUCGCUACACGAGAGUUUCUGAGAGUGUUUGUUUAUUUUCAGGAUUUCGCCGACGAUGGAAAAGCUAUGUAACUCACCGUUGUUCAUUUUAAAACUACUUCAUACGUGCCGCGAUAUUUUGGUUCAAAAAAAGACUAUUAUUUCUUGAGGUUAACAGUGAUGUGAUCUUUCCCCGUUAACAAUGCUGUCGGAAAACGAAACCCGAAGUAGUUACGACACUCAGACAAAUCUUUCCCACAUCUCCGGCAAUUUGUUUGAAGAUGCCAGUAUAAAUUCCCUAUUGAACCACGGCGGGAAUUACACUACAAACAUCGGACAAGUGCUCAAAGUGCUCGAAGAUUGGAGAAACAGAUUCAAUAUAACCGUUGUUAAAGAAUGCGAUGGAACAGAAUACUGCGCUGGGGAGUUCCGAGAUUUGAUAAUAGCAUACAACAGUAUUCACGGCUACGUCAGUUUGUUGGUCUGUCUUUUUGGUAGUCUCGCCAACGCUUUUAAUGUAGCCGUGCUGACGAGGCGAGAUCUCGCAGUGGCUCCCAUAAAUCGACUGCUAAAAUGGCUUGCAGUAGCUGACGUCUUCGUCAUGAUUGAGUAUGUUCCAUUCGCUAUCUACAGGUAUUUGUUGUUACCCGGUCAAGAAGACCGUCCAUACUCCUGGGCUGCAUAUAUGCUGUUUCAUAUGCACUUCACGCAGAUAUUCCAUACAGCGUCAAUACUGUUAACCUUGUCUCUGGCAGUUUGGCGAUAUCUUGCAAUCAAAUAUCCGGCUCACAGUCCAAUAUUAUGCACAGAUAGGCGAUGCACAGUGGCCAUAAUGUUGAGUUUUGUGCUUCCCUCUAUACUCUGCAUACCAUCGUACUUUGUCUUCACAAUCCAUAAAGACUUCUCAUACGACAGGAACGCCAACGUUUUCUCGAAAGUUUAUUUCGUAGAUUCCGAUUUCGACGGAUACCUCUAUCAUAUUAAUUUCUGGGUACACGCUGUCUUAAUCAAAUUACUGCCAUGCGUCAUUCUCACUAUAAUCAGCGCUUGGCUGAUCCGAGCUUUAUACAGGGCCAAUUAUAGGAAGAAAAUUCUCAAAGGGUACAACGCGUGUCCAGCUGAGACGAUUGUGAAUGGAAAAGGAAAUAUUUUCACUCGCAGAUCGACAAAACGGUCUAAAAUCGAAAGAAGAACCGACAGAACGACUAAGAUGUUAGUCGCUGUACUAUUAUUGUUUUUACUGACAGAGUUUCCUCAGGGUAUAUUAGGACUCCUGAGCGGAAUUUUGGGGCGAUGCUUCUUUAAGCAUUGCUACAAUCUAUUUGGGGAGCUAAUGGACGCACUGGCCCUUCUCAACGGAGCAAUAAACUUCGUGUUAUACUGCUCAAUGUCAAGGCAAUUCCGAACCACAUUCGGGCAGAUGCUGAGAACGAGAUGCGCAAAGACCUACCGGGCUGGAUCCCAGACCGAACUGCAGACUACCUAUGUGUAACGACGGCGAAAGUUUGUUUACGUGUAAACAAACAUAAGUGAGGAUCUGAUAAAUUUCAAUACCGCUGUCGGCCAAGAACUAAUAAUUUAGGAUUGGGUGGUGAAAAAGCAGAAGAAGAAAAGAACAAUGAAAUUUGUUUGAAACUAAAUAAGCGAUGCGAAAAUUUUGACGUGAAGUGACAGAUAUUUUAAGACAGAUAUCGGUAAAUUUUGGAUAAUUCGAAAACCUCACAGAAACAAGUCUUCUUUCCAAAUGCAAACGCUAAGUAAAUACGUGAAUUUGUUUACCUAAUUGUAGAAAAGUUCUCAAUCAUCAUGGAGUCAACAUCUCUCAUUUAAGAAAAAUGAUCGAUACUACGUACUCGUACGAGUGUUCAUUCAUUUUGGCGUCAAAUUUCAUAUGAUAACCUCACUUGAUUCAACUGUUUUAACGCUUCAUGCGAAGACAAUUUAUUCAUAACGAUAGUUUGGAUGAAGCCACUUAGUUAAUCGAAACUUUCCACUAGUAUAAAACUAGUAUAAAAUAUUUAGAAUGUUCUAGAUUAAGAUUCUUAAAUGCAUCAUUCAUCUCGCUUGGCCAAAGUGACGUAACAAAAACUACUCUAGUUUAAGAAAUCGCAAAUUAGAGACUUAGCGAGUUCUAUGAUAUUCAAAAUUUUUGUAAACAUGAAAAUAAAACAGGAAGCACGUUCACAGAUGGUCAUGAUCUUUUAGUAAUACAUUGGCAUAGUCAAACAUGAGUAAUGGUUAAGAUUUAAAUUUCCCACUGAAGUCAGAAAAAGAUAGUUUAAAAACUUUCAACAAAUUUUGAGAUUUGAUCUAGAGAAUAUAAUACAACCGAAUGAGUAUCGAGGGCUGAACUUACAAAAUGAAAUCAUUUAGAUGACUCUAAAAUUAAUUAAUUAAUACACAUGAUUGUUGAAAGGAAUGAGUAUUCAGAUUUCUGAAGAAGUUUUAUGGUUAGGUUCGUUGAAAUACACUUUUAAUUGUAAAUAAUAAGCCAUAUAGAAUGUACGUACAUGUGUACAUAUAUAUCGUUGUAGUCAACGGUCAUAUACAUUCAGAAACCACCUGCGAAAUGCAAAUUGCAUUUUCGUAAGAUGUACAAACUUUAAUUGUAGUUGGAAACGGUGAUAGUUGAAACUUACAAUCUUAUUUAGUUGUGCGAACUUCUGUAAUUAUUCGACUUUUAAGUAGAUUUAGCCGUUAGGAGUUUUAAGUCCUGUAGAACAACUAAGUCAGCUAUAUGCUGCAUACUCUUUAGUAAAGAAAUGAUAAUGAUGUAAUGUUAAUUUAUAUGAUAAGACCAGAAUUUAUUAUUUUAAAAAUCAGUCCUUGGUUGUAUAUCAUAAUUAUUUAAAACAUGAAAACUUUCUUAUAACAUUGUUUUUUUGGCUAAAAAAAAGUUGAGCACCUCUAUUUUAUCUUUGUGUAAAAGACGCUUCAUUUAUGAUACGCAUGAAAAUAUUAUAUUGGCACCAAGUAAAACGCUGUGUAGCUAAUAAAUCUUAUCUAACGUAUUAUUAGAUUUACGAGCCUGUGUUAUUCACAGAAGUUUUAUGCUUCAAAGAUCUGAAACGAUCCCAACGGUUUGGUACGUUCACCUGGCUGAAAUAAAUACCUAAAUUUCAUUGUACGGCUCUUGUUUGAGCCGAAUGGUUUAAAAUUUCUUUUUUAAGCUUUCCCAUUAGGCCUUUCAUUCAAACGAGAAAUUUGGUUGUUUAUCAAAUAAAAAUGUCUAUAAAAACUUGCUUUUGAUAUUGUUAUGUAACAUAGUUUACCAUUAUUUAGAGUUGUUAAUGCCUAAGCGGACAUAUUUAAAUAGGUUAAAGUUAGAAAAAAAAAAGGUUUUUAUAAAAAGAGGAUAACCCUCUAGCAUCGAUAUAAUUCAGCAAUGCACGUAUUUGAUAAAAACAUUACUUAUCGACUUUUACAGUGGUGUUGACCGUUACUUUAAGCUUUACAUAGAUAACAUACAUACAUACAUAGAUAACAUUAGUCUAUGAUUUCUGAAUAAAACGUAUAAUGUUACAUAGUGUUUAGAAUGUUUAGAGGUCGCUCUUCGUAUUACGGGUUUUAAGUGUGAAAUUGUUGUGUAAGAAUGCGAAAUUGAGAUAGCGUUUAAAAUAUUUAGUUUAAACGAAGUAUAUAGAUAUUUCUUACUCAAAAUUUCUGGCUGUAGAUUACAAUGUAACACACAUUUAGUAUUAAAAAGAAAAUAUGUGACUGUUCAAUUAAGUCUUAAGCCAACGCAGAUUUUGCAAAAUUAUUGUUUUUUUUGUUGGUCUCACUGAAAUUUAAAUUGAAGAAAUUGUGAAUCAAAACCUUUGUAAUUAAAAUAUUCUUUUUUGAAAAUAUGAAAUUUUGAUCUGUGUAAAGUUGCAGAAACGAUAAUAAUAAUAUUUUAUAACUUUUGUCUUACGAAGCACAAGUCGGGCCUCAUGUGGAGUAUUACUACCACUUAGGGCCAGGACCCCCAAAUACCAAGUACUUCCAUUUGACUCCAUACUGAAGAGGGUCGUUUGGAUUGUUGACAAUCCCAUUCUCACGAAACAUUUGAAACCUUUUAAGGACAACAUGCAUUUGUAUACCAUUUAUAUAAAAAUCUUAUGACAAGACAUUGGAUCGAUAUUUACAUACAAAAAACAAAUUUUAAGUUAUAUUAAUAUUUGUUAAAAAUAUUACUAUGUAUGUAUAUAUUAUAAUUAUUUAAUAUGCAGUUUAAAAAUGUGUGUAAAAUAAAAUGAAUGCGGAUAAUAUAAUAUAAUAAAGAACAAUGCUAAAAA